AUGGAGAACGAUCGUUCAACCGAUAAGAACAACGAAGAUGAUUCUCCGAUGAGUGAAGAUGAUACUGUUUACGUGUCAGCUUCUGAUCAACCAGGUCAAAUAACAAUCAAUCUGGAGAAAGACAUGAAAAGAAAGAUCACGAUCAUCAGUGAAGUCGAGAAACCGAAGCGUCCUCGUCGUGGAUCCGUCGAUCUUCGUCGUCAAGCCAUUGUCAACAAUGCAAUUCGUUCAGCUCAAUCGACGGCUUCUUCUCGUUCCAGAAGUCGUUCCAAGAGUCGUUCGAGAAGUCGUUCGAGGAAUCGUAUCAGAUCUCGUGGACGCUCAUUGACUCGUACUCGAUCCGCCAGUGGUGAUAAGAUAAAGAAGAGAUCUACAAGUCUUCAGGCUCGUUCUAGAUCGAAAUCUCGUGGACGAAUUCCACCGAUUCCAAUUGAAAAGAAAGAAGAGAACAAGAUUGAUCAAACAUUAUCCAUCCGUCUUCCAACUCAUCUUUCGAAUAAAAGCGUUUUCGGAGGUAGAUCAAAAGUUGCUCCCGAAUCAAUUCAACUUCCAUCUCCAUUAUUUAUUCUAACUGAACAACAAGUCGUUGGAGCAAGUGAGAAAAAGACGGUUCAAUUUGUCACUAAAAUCCUUUUGACUUCCCACAAAUUGUCAAUUGAUGAUCGAAAGAAGUUGUAUGCAGAGAUGGUCGAAGCAGAAUAUGUUGGAACAUCUCGUUCUUCUUCUGAUCUCAGUCAAUCAUCAGAUGAUGAACCAGAAGAAGAUUUUCAAUUGAAAAUGUAUUAUUCUUCAAAAGGAAUAUACAUUCAUUCCGUGCAGAAUGUUCACAAAAUUCGAAAUGGAAAAUCAUCGAAAAUCACUGAGGAAAAGAGUUAUUCCAACAUCUGCAAAACUAAAAUUGUGGGAGAUUUGGGAAAAUCAGUUGAGGGAUUUCUGAAUGUUACUUGUUCUGAAACUGUUUCAGUCACCAAUCAGAAUUAUACUCGUUCUGAACAUUUCAAAAUUGGUUUGAAGGAUUCGAGUGUUUUUGGAAAUGUCCCAAUAUCUGCUCUCAAGACUACUUUUGAUCCAACUAAGACGAUUUCAUUCAAUGAAUUCGUCUUUUUUGAUAACAAAAAUAUCGGAAUUGACAUCCGUCACGAGUCAACUGCCAGAAUGGAGAAGAUGUGGAAUCAUGAAGUGGGAUCUUUCGGAGAAGAACAGUCUGAAUAUCGCGAAGUUAAUUUCUUUUUUGAUGAUGGAAAAACUGGAAAAGAUCAGAAAAAGACGGCUGGAGCCACAGUAUCUUCAGUUGUCCAAACUCCCAAGAAAUCGACUGAAAACUCAAGUAAAUCUAGUGAUGUUUCGAGCAAUCAGAGUGUUUCUUCCUCCAAUUCUUCUGCUUCUGGUAGUUCAAUUAGCUCCAAACGGGCUAAAUUCAGAACUAAAAGACUGAAAACAAUGAAGAAGAAGAGUGAUGUUUCUCUCAAAAAGACAACUAAAAGUCCAGAUCGUGAAUCAUCUCGAAAAUCCAUUCGUCCAGACGAAGAACCCCUCAGAUUGAGUUCAAUCAAGUCAACGGAUCAACGGAAUUCUACUGCCAACGAGUCAUUUUAUCACUCGUUUCCAGCUGCAACUUCUACUCCGAAGAGCCCGAAAUCUCCAUUGAAUUCCUCUACGAUUCUCCAAUCAAAUAUCAAAUCGGCUUCUAAAACAACUCCGAAUAAAAGUCCACUUUGUCAUGGAUCUAUUCCAAUCAAAGUACAAGGAGAGAAGCACAGUGAUAACGAAAUUGAUUUGGAUAAAAGUUUGAGUUCAAAGAAACCAACAGCUUCUAAGAAUUUGGCUCGAAUCGUGGAAUCACAGAAGAAAAAAGAAGAAGGAAUAAGUUCGAAACCACCAACAUCUCCUGGUAAUUCUGUAUACAUGUACUCAACUGGAAAUGCCAAUAACUCGACAUACAUGACAGCUAAAGAUCUUCAUGAUUCUCGUAUUUCUUCAUCUUCUUCUGCUCCAAAAUCAUUGGUUUCUCCACGUGGAACUUUGCGUGUAAAAGAGACAAAAGUGACACGUGAAGUACGUCAAGAAGAAGGAAAACCAGAUGAAGUGAAUGAGAAAAAAGAAGAAACUGUGAAAGAGGAAAAGGUUAAACUUGAUAGAAAAUCAAGAUCAAUUUCACCUGCAACUCCUAAACUGAAGAAUACUCUGAAUCAGAAUAUGGUCACUUUGAGUACAGUGAAAGAAACCCAUCAAACAUUGGAUGCCAUCCCAAUCAAAGUCUCUGAUGACACUUCUCCAUCUAUCAAUUCUUCGUUUGUUUCUGGACAAAAAGCAUUCAAAGAAGAGGUUCAAUUGGACAUGAUGAUUGAUAAGAAACGUCUUGUUCUCAAUGUAAAUUUCAUGCUUUUGGCUGAAAAACAACCAGAAGUCGAGAUUAUUGGAUUCUCGUUCAAAGGGAAUAAAUUAUGGGAAAAGAGUUCCGAAUGGAAUCUUUCCAGUGCUAACACUACUAGUCAUACUAAAACCAUCGCUCGUCAAGCCAGCAAUAUUCUUGAAGACGGCAAAACCCAAGAAGAGAAAAAGUAA